CUGAGCCUCCAUGACCCGCUAUGGGGGCGUGCUGCCCCUUCUCGCUAUCGUCGAAUGCCUCUUGGUGUUCAGUAUUGCUGCUCUGGAUUUUCUCGUACUUUUGCGCUCUCUAUCGCUGUCGCUAUCUUUACCCCAUCAUCCGCUCGUUCCGAGCAGCUGCUCAAUUAGUCUUGACUAGUCUCCAUCGUUCCUCAAGGCCUUCUAUCUGCGUGUCUGGAGUUCACUGUACUCCCUCUGUUAUAUCGCAGAUGAUUUGGAUAUCUUAGACUUCUACCUUGGCCGCUAUGAGCCCUAUAAUACGACGCAUUGCAGUCCUAUGCAUUUCUACGACCCUCCUUUACCUUGCCUUUCGCCAGCUCACGCUGGGCGCUGAAUUCCCCUUACCGACCACUACAUCUUCGACUCGAGUCAAAGGGCCAGUGAGAUGGAAAGACAUACCUCCCAAAUACCCAGUGGCCUCGACGAUUCCCUUACCAACGGGCACAUCCUCCGCUAUUCCCCGCAUACAGCAUGAGUUCGGCGUCGAGACACAACACAAUAAGGCAGAAAGGCUGCAUAGACAGGCUGUUGUGAAAGAAGCGUUCUUGCACUCUUGGAACGGAUAUAAGAAGCACGCAUGGCUGCAAGACGAAGUCACUCCGGUAACAGGAGGCUUCACAAAUGGCUUUGGGCAGCGUGGCGCAACACUAGUCGAUACUUUGGAUACUUUGGCUAUCAUGGGCCUAGAUGAAGACUUUGAAGCUGCCGUAAAGGCUGUCAAGAGGAUCGAUUUCACCACAAGUGCUAUCCCUCGUCUAAAUGUGUUCGAGACCACGAUACGUUAUUUGGGCGGAUUGCUGAGCGCGUACGAUGUGAGCGAAGCAAAGCACCGUGUCCUGCUUGACAAAGCAACGGAGCUGGGAGACAUGUUGUAUGCAGCUUUUGACACAUCAAAUCGCAUGCCCAUUGGGCGUUGGAACUGGGAAAACGCUGCCCUACGCAUGUAUCAAGAAGCUGAUGGCCAAGGACUCAGUGCCGAGCUAGGCUCAUUGACACUCGAAUUCACACGUCUUACACAGCUGACAGGAGACGCAAAAUACUACGAUGCCGUAGCCCGCAUAUCCGCCCUGCUAUCCAAACACCAAGACCGCACCAAGAUCCCCGGUCUCUUCCCCGUCCGCAUCAGCCCCGCGCGCGAAGACUUCUCGCAAGACAAAACAUUCACAAUGGGCGGUAUGUCCGACUCGCUAUACGAGUACCUCCCAAAACAGCACCUCCUGCUCAACGGUCUCGACCCUCAGUACCACAACCUCUACUCCAACGCUAUCCGCGAAGCCAAACAGCACCUCUUCUUCCGCCCGCUCAACCCACAGAACGCCGACAUCCUGAUGUCCGGCUCCGCACACAUCAGCAGCGCAACAGGCAGCACCAAAUUGACCCCUGACGGUCAGCACCUCGCCUGCUUUACAGGAGGCAUGGUAGGUCUGGCCGCCAAGGUCUUUAACCGCACAGUCGAGCUGGAAACAGCGCGGAAGUUGGUUGAUGGGUGUAUAUGGGCAUACGACAGCAUGCCAACGGGAAUUAUGCCAGAACAGUUCACACUUGUACCGUGCUACGGCGAGGAAGACUGUACGUGGCGCACGGAGAAGUGGAACGAGGCUGUCAAGUCGGCGGGGUUUGACGAGUAUGCAAGACAGUUAGAUGCUGCGGACAUCAUCAAGGAAGAUGGUUUGCCUCCUGGGUUUGCUAGAAUCCGCGACCGUCGGUAUCUAUUGCGACCAGAAGCUAUCGAAUCCGUCUUCGUCCUCUACCGCAUCACUGGUGACCCCUCGCUCGCCGAUGCAGCAUGGCGCAUGUUCGAGUCCAUCAACAACGCGACAAUAACCGACAUCGCACACUCUGCGAUCGCAGAUGUGACUUUGCCCGUGGACCACGCAAGUCAGAAAUUGGACCAGUGUGAGAGUUUUUGGAUGGCCGAGACGCUGAAGUACUUUUAUCUGAUCUUCAGUGAACCGGAGCUGAUGAGUCUGGAUGAGUUUGUUUUUAAUACGGAGGCACAUCCGCUGCGCAGGCCGCUGGCGACGUAAAAGAGUAUUGGUAAGUAUAGACUGUUGAAGCAUACACGGAGACAGCUAUGGGAAUGGAUCAGCAUCAACAGGUUCUGGAGAAUACACAAUACCAUGGGGUAAGCUAUGCUGUUAGUUGAGG